AUGCCUGUGAGACGAUCGCGCCUAGGGUGUGAGGAGUGCCGACGACGUAGGAGGAAAUGCGACGAGGGGCAGCCCAUCUGCGGGCCGUGCUCGUCGUUCCGUCGACAAUGCGACUACACGCUCAAGGUUGUCUGGGGGUCCCUCAGGAGCAGCGGCAGCAGCAGCAGCAGCAGCCGACCACCGGCGGCUGAACUUGAGAGAGGACCUCACACCGCCAUCCUCCCGCGCAGCUUGCCCAACGGCAUCUCCCUACCGUCCCGCUACCAGCGCCUGCUGAGCUACUUCACCGACGACAUCCUCGCCUCCCUGUCCGUCCACCCGUCCAUACACGCAGACCUACGACGGGGCCUGGUCCCCGUCGCGCUCGAGUCGCCUCACCUGCUCUCCGCCUGCUUGGCGCUGGCCGCCGCCGGGUUCCAGUCGCGCGGCAUCCGCGCCAUUGACGGCACCGAGGUGACGCGCAUCCUCGACCACCUGCAGUCCUCGGGCCUCUCGCUGCUGCGGUCGACCCUGGGAAGUGGCCAGUCCAGCACCGCGCUGCUGGCGACGUGCCUCAUCUGGUGCCUGGCCGACGUCUUUGCCUCGAGACAGGGCACGACGUCGUGGCGGGUGCACCUCAAGGGCAUCAAGGCUCUCAUCAGCACCAAUGCGACGUAUAGGCGCUUUCAGUCGGAUGAUGCGCAGAGCGAGGUCACGGCGAUGCGGCAUCUGUAUCAGCUCUACCUCGCGCUGGAGACACUGCCGUACGUGCCUGCGCUUGAGGGCGAGGAGCAGUUCUCGCGUGAUGGGGGCGACGAGGAGCAGCAGGUGGGCGACAGUCCGGGAAUCGAUGGAUUUCUAGGCUACAGCGAGGAACUGUUACACGUACUACGGGACAUUGAUCGCAUCGCCACUCGGUGUUCCGAUCGUGGUGAGGCUGAAGAGGCAGCUGCUGAUCUCCUCCUUAAGCUCGAGCAGAUGAUCGCCCGUGAUGAGGAGACAGCGCCGCACAUUGUCAUUGGCACAACCCUCUCGCCCGAGCAGGCCAAUGAAUUCCUGCUCUGCCACAAAAUCUUCCAGCAGGCGACACUCGUCCAUCUGUACCGACGUCUCUACAAGCUGUCCUCGUCCUCAGCGCCGAUCCGCCAGGCGGUGGACAGGAUGGAGGGCAUGAUCAGCGAGAUGACGCAGGACCAGUCCUGCCACACGUGGGUAGCCAUGGCGAUGCCACUGUUCACCAUGGGCUGCGAGGCGUUUCGCCACGAACAGCAAGGGUUCGUGCUGGACAAGAUUGCCAAGUUCGAGGCGUGUCUGGGCUCGCUGCACGUCGGGAUCAUGCGCAAGGCGCUGGAGGACAUGUGGCGCAUCCGACGGGCGAUGGACGAUGUGAAUGGACGUUGCUGCGCGAGCGAGCUGCUUGAAAAGCUAGAGUACAAUAUCAUCCUCUUCUAG